AUGCUCGAAGACAAAGUCGUCUGUGUAGGUUCAAAGUACAACCUGCUGUUCUUUGUGUCUGGUGGGGGGAAGUUCAACUACCAGGGCACCAAACGUUGGCUGGAGGACAAUCUGGACCAUACAGACUCCAGUUUGCUGCAGGACAACGUAGCCUUUGUGUUGUGUCUAGACACUCUGGGGAACGGAGACUCUUUGCACCUUCAUGUGUCCAAACCUCCUAAAGAGGGAACUCCUCAGUAUUCUCUACUUAAAGAGCUGGAGAUGGUGGCUGCGAGUCAGUUCCCAGAAGUCAAGUUCUCUAUGGUUCACAAGAAAAUCAACCUGGCCGACAACAUGCUGGCCUGGGAGCACGAGCGCUUCGGGAUCCGCCGGCUGCCGGCCUUCACGUUGUCCCAUCUGCCCUCCCACCGCCUGGCUCAGCGCUCCAGCAUCAUGGACGUGCGGUCAGUGUCCCCCUCCUCUCGCCAUGGAGCGGGAGAGCCCCCUGCUGGGCCUCAUGUCGAUGUGAAGAAACUCAGCAGGAACACCAAGCUGGUAGCAGAGGCACUGGCAAGGGUCAUUUACAACCUCACUGAAAAGGGGGCUCCUGGAGACCUGCAGAUCUUCACUGAACAGAUGCAGGUGCAGGACGAGCAGCUAUCAGCAGUGGUGGACUGGCUCACAGCGCAGCCCAGAGCCGCUCAGCUGGUGAACAAAGACAGCAGCGUGGUGUCCACUCUGGAGUAUCACCUCGGACACUACCUCAAGGAUGUCAAGAGACACUACGUCAAAGCUGACAAAAGGGAUCCAGAGUUUGUAUUCUACGACCAGCUGAAGCAGACUAUGAAUGCUUACAGGUACGCUGUAAUGAGCUCCUCUUCUGAGAUGCUUAAGUGCACUUCAAGCUGAUUUACUGUAGCUUUGUAAAAGCUCACAGCUGUCUGUAAAGUCAUGAGGCUAUUAUCUGCUUUCAAUUAGUCCUCAGUUAACUGUAUUUGAGACUUUCAUCUUUUACCAGUAUGGACCAAAUCCAAACAUUAAAACAGCCAUCACAUAAUGUUAAGGAUGAUUUUUGACUGUUUCUCUUU